GCUAGAGUGAGUGAGUGAGUGGAAAAUUGAGGUAAAGGGAGAGGGAGGAAAGUGAAUGAGUGAGAUCCACCUACGAGAGAGAGAGGGAGAGAGAGAGACAGAGAGUCAGAGAGAGAGAAAGAGAGAGAGAGAGAGACAGAGAGAGAGAGAGAGAGAGAGAGAGAAGGGCUGUUUGAAUGAGCCACAUUGGAGAGGGAGAGUGUGUGAGUGUGUGUGCGAGGGAGAGAUGGAGACAGCGCUAUAGAGGGGGUAGGGCAGGUGAAAGGGUGUGUGUAUGUGUGUGAGAAAGAGGUUGUCAGAUCCCCCUCGAAGUAGAGGCUGCUGCUCAGUGCAGUUGCUCUGGGUCCCAUUGAUACUCAUUUAGUGGGAAGAGCUGAAAAUGUCAUUUUGAAUGGAGGGAAAAACAUUUGCUAUUUUUUUAUCUUUCCUUAUUUGUCCUUCUGGAUCUUUACUCAUCUCCACUGGUCCUCCUUGCUCUCUUUGUGGGUGUAUAAAGGAGGUCACUGCGGAUACAAAGAAACAGAACACAGUCCAGUAAAAGCAUGUUUUUGGGGGUGAAGACAGUGUCGCACGGGACAGCCAUGUCACGUUGCCACGACAGCAAUGUCACCUGGCCCUCUCUGCAGUGACCCUGCACAGCAAAGGAUGCUGGGAAAUAGCAAACACUAUUAUCCCGGGGAGGACGACAAGUAUGGGGAGGAUGAGGAAGAGGAAGAGGAGCAGGGACGAGAGAACAGAAAGGGGGAGAGUAGAGAGAAGGAGAAUGGAGGGAUAGAAGGGCUCGAGGAGAUGGAGAUAAAGGGAGGCAGACAAUCACGCGAAGGUAAAUGGGAGGGAGGUAAACCCUCGGCCAUUGUGGUUGGAAGACAGAGAGGAGACCGGACACUGAGGCCAGCCAAUCCAAGAAAUAGAGGCAUCCCCUAUACAUCCAAUCAGGCCCCCCAAAAGCAGCAACACCAUCUCAUUCCAGCCAAUCAGCAGCAGUAUCACCCGGCCCCGUCCACUCAGACCCAGAAGAGACGCGCUCACAUGGAGCGCAGUAUGACCACAGUGGCGCCCAUAGAGGACACUCACCUGACCAUGAUGGUGUUCCGCAUUGGAAUCCCUGACAUCAAACAGACAAGGUGUCUGCAGUUUGACCCUGACUUCACGGUGUGGAGUGCCAAGCAGCAGGUCGUCUGUUCGCUGAGCGAGCCACUGUGGGACAUCUACAACUAUGGCCUCUUCCAACCCGCCGGAGAGGGACGAGAUGCCAUGUUCCUGGAGGAGGAGCGCUGCCUCCGAGACUACCCACAGUCCUUUGAGAAAGGGGUGCCUUACCUGGAGUUUAGGUACAAGACCAGGGUAUACAAACAAACAAACCUGGAUGAAAAACUACUUACUAAACUGCACACCAAGGCGAGUCUGAAAAAGUUCAUGGACUACAUUGUGAGUGGAUCAUUAGAUAAGAUAUCAAAGGUCCUGGACAAAGGUCUCGACCCAAACUACCAUGACCCUGACAAUGGAGAGUCUCCCCUGUCUGUGGCGGUGCAAUCUGGUAUGACAGUGGAGGGGAUCAGGGCGCUCGUUCAAGGUGGGGCCCAUGUCGACUUCAGAACCAGAGAUGGACUGACAGCUGUACACAAGGCUGUCAGGGCACACAAUCAUGUUGCGCUGCUGGCUCUACUAUCCAUGGGAGCGUCUCCUGAUUACAAAGACAGAUGUUGCCUGACCCCGCUGUACCACUCAGUGCUGAUAGGUGGCGACACCUCCUGCUGCGAGACCCUACUCUACUACAGGGCCAGACUGGGAGUGAGAGAUGAAAACGGCUGGGAGGAGUCUCACCAGCUCAGGGAUGAAGAGGAAUUUGGAAUGCAAGAAAUACACAAGGCCUGCCAGAAUGGUUUUGCCCAGCACCUGGAGCACCUUCUGUUCUAUGGGGCAGAUACCACUUCUCAGAAUGCCUCAGGGAACACUGCACUUCACAUUUGUGCCCUGUAUAAUAAGGAAAGCUGUGUUCGUGUUCUGCUCUACAGAGGUGCCAAUAAGGAAAUGAAGAACAAGCAUGGACAAACCCCCUUUCAGGUAGCAGUAAUGUCAGGCCAUUUUGAAAUCGGGGAAAUCAUCAAAAACCACAGAGAUGCAGAUGUAGUGCCCUUUCUGGAAUUCCCAAAGUAUGCUCCCAAAAGAGGAGAGAGUGCACGCACGCUCCCUCUCCUCAUGGCUCACCCCCACCCCCUCCUGCGUGCUAACAGUGAUAACAGCAUGACAAUGCCUGAUACCAUGGCCCUGCCCAACAAGGCUGCUAGAUCCAAUCCCAUCCCUGGACAGGGUCGCAGGGCCUCUGUAGGUGUGAGGAGCUCCAGCAGUCCCAGGGCCCGAACCCGCUCCCCAUCACGAGGAAGAGGAGGAGGACAGAGUGACACAGAGGAGAGGCAUCACAGCAAACCACAGCGCGGCAGACAGGGUGCGACCUCAACAACGGGUGGUGGUGGGGGGUCAGCUGGGGGUCAGAUGAGGCGUAUGUACAGUGCGGUACCAGGGCGAGUGUACGUGGCCACGAGGGCCUACAAUGCCCACGGAGACAAAGAGCUUAGCAUCAGCAAAGGAGACAAAGUCAAAGUGUUGAGUGUGGGAGAGGGGGGGUUUUGGGAGGGCACAGUGAAGGGUCGUACAGGCUGGUUCCCCUCAGACUAUGUGGAGGAGGUGGGUCCUCCCAUUAAGGACAAUCGAUCAGAGACGCGCAGUGAGAAAGCCAAGAGGAAGCUGUUUCGUAAUGUUACCGUGGGAGCAUAUGAUGGUGUGGAUGGCCCCAGUGACUACAUCAUUAAGGAGAAGACAGUGCUCCUGCAGAAGAAAGACAAUGAGGGCUUUGGCUUUGUGCUUCGGGGAGCCAAAGCCCAGACUCCUAUAGAGGAGUUCAGUCCGACCCCAGCAUUCCCCGCGCUGCAGUACCUGGAGUCUGUGGAUGAGGGGGGGGUGGCCUGGAGGGCUGGUUUAAGGAUGGGGGACUUCCUUAUUGAGGUUAAUGGUCAGAAUGUAGUGAAGGUGGGCCACAGGCAGGUGGUCAACAUGAUCAGACAAGGUGGCAACGCUCUAAUGGUCAAGGUUGUCAUGGUGGCCCGCAACCCAGAGAUGGAGGAGACCAACCUCAGGAAGAAAGUCCCCCAGCAGGCUAAGAGGCUGACUCCUCCUGCCAUUGCCCUGCGCUCUAAAUCAAUGACAUCAGAGCUGGAAGACAUGGUUGCCUCUCCAUGGAAAAAGAAAGCAGAGUACGAGUCCUCCCAGGUGCCUGAUAAGAAGAGGACAGUCUAUCAAAUGGCACUGAAUAAACUGGAUGAGAUCCUGGCGGCAGCUCAGCACACAAUCACAUCAGACGGACAGGGUCAGCGGGGUCACGGAGGGAAGAGAGACCGAACCAAGAGCAUCGCCCCCAAUGAGCCAAGUCAUGACCAGUUGGUUGGUGUGAUGCCGCCUGGAUUUGGUUACAGCCAGGGUCAAUAUCCCCCCGGCCAGCCUCAUGGAGUAAUGCUGCGACAGAAAUCUAUUGGUGUGAUGGAGGAGGAGAGGCAGUACCUCCACAACCCGGCCAUGAAACUGGCCCGUAGUCUGUCAGAGGACAUCCCCCCUCCCCCCAACACAUCCGCCCCAGAACCCCCCUUAUCUUCUGACCCCCAUACUGUUUGGAGGGGGGAGCAGUCUGCCCCCCAGCCCCCGUCCUCCCAGGCCCAGGCCCUCCUCACCCAGCAGCAGGCAGCCCACGCCACCCAGGCAGGCUGGGACAGGGAGGCCCUGGCGGGGCCAAUCAACAGCACGGCAUGGCCCCGACGCUCCGGAGAGGAGGAGGACAAUACACAGGGGACUCCCAAAACUCAACAGCAGCCCCAGCAGCAGCAGCCCCAGCAGCAAGUGGCGACCCGGGAGAGGGGCGGAGGGGCAGGCAGGGGUGGGGGAGGCAGGAAGGGCGGGAGGGGCCCUCUAGUAAAGCAAACCACAGUGGAAGGUGGGCUCAGCAGGCACCACCGAGGGGGGCAAGGCCAGGGGGGUAAGCGCUCAGGGGCCAAAGAGAAGAGCUCCAUCCCCAUCCCCACCAUCAUCGUCAAGGCCCCCUCCACCAGCAGCGGCAGUGGCCGCAGCAGCCAGGGCAGCAGCGUAGAUGCCGAGCAUCCGCCUCCCGACAUAGACGACCCUACCUCCCCAUCCGCCUCCCCCGACACCCCCAUCACUCCCGGCCUGCCUUCCCCUGUGUCCCCCUUACCACCCCAGCCCCCUGUCUCUUCCACCAUGCCCCCUUCGACUGUCGCCCCCCAGCUGCCCCCUAACCUGGAGAAUCUGGACUUCACCAACCAGUUCAGGGGGGCCUUCGUCGGGGCAGCGCGCCGGGACCGGGAACGUUUCCGUGACAUGAGGAGGAAGAGUGCUUCCUUCUUCCUCUCCUCCGAAGAGGACAUCCAAGGGGAGGCGGAGGGAGGUGGGGGGGUAUGGACCCAGCCUCUACAGGGGAUGGGGAUGGAUGUCCCCACCCCCCGCCUCCGCCCCUCCAAGUCCAUCGACGAGGGCAUGUUCUCUGGGGACAAUUACGUCCACUACGCCAGCAGCAUGCCCCCUGCCUUCGGGCUGCCUGAGUACCACUCCCCUGUGAUGGGCCAGGACGGCCAGCCCAAGUCCGCUCCCUCCAACUACGGCCCAGGCUCUCCAGCCACCACCUUCAUCCACCCUCUGACUGGGAAGGUCCUUGACCCCUCGUCCCCCCUGGGCCUGGCACUGGCUGCACGGGAAAGGGCCCUCAAGGACGACCGGAGGACCCGGCGGGAGGAGCGGCACUUUGGCCGGCAGAUGUCCAGCGUGGGGACAUUUCCUACCUCUCUCCCGUCCCCCACGCCGUCCCUGUUCCCCGCCAUUACCUCCCCUGCCUCUCUGAGCCGCCCGCUGUCACCCAGGAUAUUACGCUUGGGAGGUGAAGGGGGAGGGGAGAGAGUGGAGAGGGACCAGGCAGCCGGAGCCAGAGAGGGCCUCAGAGUUCGCUUUUCAGAGGACAGAACCAACCAGUACCAGACCCAGUAUUAUCAACAGAGUCCUAGAGACAGGGAGCCACCUGGCCCGCCCAUGCAGCCGCCCGGCCCACCGCCUCAGCCUGCACCCCGCAGACCCUCGUUCCUACAGAUGGAGAGCAGUGCAAACUCUAGCUACAUCCCCCAAUACCGCCUACCCACAGCCCCAGCCCACCCACAUGAAGAUGGGGGAGAGGGAGGAGGAGGAGUGGGACUGGGGCUCAUGGUGCUUCCACCGCCCACCCCCUCCAUAGACAUAGAUGAUGAGUUUGUCUUUGUUGACCCCCUACCCCCUCCCUUGCAGUUCGCCAACGGCCAAGGCCAGAGAGAACUGCAGAGGGGAUACUCUCAACAGCAUCAACACUCAGCUCAACACGCCCCUCUCGCCUUGCCACCCCCGCCGCCCCCCCUCCCCUCCCCUAAAGUACCUCCACAAGGAGGCUUCGCCUCCAACGCCCCCCUCCCUUCCCCCCAGACCGGGGACUCUGCUGCCUCCAGCCUCACGUCCUACGACAGCGAGGUGGCCAACCUCACCCAGUCAGCUCUGUCUCCCUCCCUCACCUCGCCCCAAAUAUUCCCCCGUUCCUCCGCCGCCACAGUCGCCUCCGUUUUACCCGCCCCCUCACUCCACAGACCCCAGCCCAUGUCCCAUGCACACCCCUUCUCCAGUGGCCCCAGCGUACCGGUUAACCCCGCUAAUAUGGGGGCCCCUGUUUCCCCGAUGACCUUAGCACAGGACCGAGGCGCGGCCACCCUCACUACGACUGUGACCUACGCUACCACGAUGACCGUGACCGCCGCCGCCACCAGUACCACCGCCUCUGCGCCGUCUUCAGACUGCAAUGUAGCUGGGAACGCCCCCAGAACCGCCAUCAGUGCUGUUGGCAAGGCAGGCGACCACCAACCCUCCAGGAUGAAGACUGGAGACUGGCAGACAGAGACGGUGGUGGACUCUGGGAUUGAGGAGCUGGACAGUAGCAGCGACCACCAUCUGGAAACACUGGGAGUGAGUAGACUGAGGGGAGAGAGAGGAGGAGGAGGAGGAGGAGCGGAAGGGGAGAGAGUGGGUGGCGUGCACCCGGAUCCUUACUUCACUUACUCAGGUGGGCAAACAUUUGAAGCGCACCAUGCCAAACACACGGCCAACCCCCCUGUGUAUCCAAAGACGAUGCAGUACAAAGAGGGGGGCAUCAAGGACACAAGGGAAGCGUUGCGUCGACAGGCAAGCACCAAUCCGCCCUGCCAGAGUGUCCCACCACACCCCCAGAGACAGGCCAACCCAGAGGAGGAGGCCAGGAGAGGAGAGGGAGGAGCAGCGGACGAGAGGAAACAACGCAGACAGAGUCGGCCCAAGAUGGAGGACAGCUUCGGUUCCACCUUGGCUGCCUGUCUUGAGCGGCCCAACACCCUGGAGCCAAGACCCUUGUCCUGGAGCGAGGGGGUUGACCCGGGGCAGGGCCUUGAGCGAGGCGGGGGUGGGAUGUCUGUGGAGGGGCGCAGGCUGCACUCACCCCUAUCGGGAGUAAAGGCCAGCAUCAUCAACGAGCUGAGCUCCAAGCUGCAACAGAUGAGCAAUAAGAGCACGGAGGACUGGAGUCAGUCUGAGAUGCGAGGUCCGAGUCCCAUUAAUCCGAGGUCGCCCACAAUGCAAAGAUAUUCAGGGGAUUUCUCUGCCUCGUUUCAGAGCCCCCCCACAGGCCACUCCACUUCCCCCUUACCCACCUCCUCCCCGCAGCAUCGCCCGUCAAUCUUCACCCCCAAUCUCACUGCCACCCCCUCCGGCUCACCCUCCCACCAGCCCCCACUCCAGCCUAACUGGAUCCACUCCCCCUCUCCCCAGAUGCCCACCUCCCCCUCUCACUCCUCCCACCCUCCUCUCUCCCCCACUUACUCCCCCUCUCAAUCCCACCCUCCUCUCUCCCCCACGUACUCACCCUAUCCCACAUCCCCCAAACAUCGCACUAAGUACCGUGGAGCCAAGAUUUUUGACUUCCAGUGUACCCCUGGUCCAGAGCUGAGGUCGUCUAUGUCCCGCCGGCGUGCCCCCAGCCCCCUCAUCUACUCCACAAACCGCCCCAGCCCCGCCCCUCCCAGACCCUCCUCCCUCCCCAUCCUCCCCAGCACCCCUGUCUACAACACCCCCUUUGAGUUCCCCGUUCCCCUAACUCCCUCAUCCCCAGGUCACACCCUAGGAGACCCCUUCAACCCCUCCACCUCUCCUCUUUUUCCCACAUCCCCACAACCUCCCCGCGCCCUCCUGGUCUCCCGCUCCCUCUCCCCCACCCAGUUCCUCUCCGGCGCAUCCUCACCCUCCAUGCACCUGCCCCCCUCUCCAUCCUGCCUCAACUACCCCCACCUCACCCCUCCUCCCCCGGCCAAGCCCUUCGCCAUCAAGCCCCUGUCCUACUGGACCAAGUGGGACGUGGCCGACUGGCUUUCCUACCUGAACCUGGGGGAGCACAGGGAACGUUUCCUGGAUAACGAGAUCGACGGCUCCCACUUGCCUUCCCUCACCAAGGACGACUUCCUGGACUUGGGGGUGACGCGCGUCGGCCACCGCAUGAACAUCGAGAGAGCGCUGAAGAAACUGACUGACAGGUGAGGGAAGAACGGCAGAGUCAAUGCACAGACAGAGGCAACAUGUCAGCCAGGGGGCAAGUGGAAAUAAAGAGGGAGAAGGAAGGACCGGAUGGAGAAGGAAAGACAAGUGCCUCUUUCCUUCCCUGCGAGCCAGAUGAGUCCAUCCCCCUUCCCUUUUUAGUCAUUAAGCAUUUAUCCUUAGAGUUAAUUUGCUAAGUUAUUCCAUCUCUCUCUCUCCCCCUCUCUCUCCCUCUCUCUCCCCCUCUCUCUCUCUCCCUCUCUCCCCCUCUCUCUCUCUCUCUCUCUCUACAUGUAUUUCUCUCUAUCAUUUAAUUGACUACCUUCACUACUUUUCAUUUUCUAUUUAUUCUUAUUUCUUGAUUUACCCCCCUCCCUCUUUCCUCAGGCUGUUCUCUCCCAUGCAUGACCCUAGCCCCUCCCCUGAGCCACAGGCAGAGAGUGAAAGAUGAGGUGACUCAGGGCUCAGAGAAAGACAGAGAAACACACGGACCGAGAUGAGUUCUAUAGAAGACCAUUGGACACAGACUGUGAGCUGGACAAAUGGUGUAAAGGAUCACGACGGAAAAGGCUUAAUCACACCAGGAGAGAUUUGUUAUGAGUGGAGGACAAUUGUCUAUUUACACCCACUGUACAACUACUGAUAAAUAGGCUUUUAAUUAACACAUGGACACACACAGACAGACACACACACACAGACACACACACACACACACAGACAUUUGACUGGUGAUUCUCACACUCCAUCUGCUGCCUGGCGGUUGCAGUACUGGGAGAAAUGCUAACAAGAAUCUUGAGAUUGUAAUGCUGCUACCCAUACAGAGAGGGUAAGCCCAUGGAUAUACUAAAGGUGGUGGUUGGGUACCUCUAAUAAACAAUACAGGCCAUAUUCUUAUCCUGGAAUUCAUGCGCAAACUCUGACGCGCAUUAGAGCAUGGGAUUGGAAGCUUUUGUUGGAAUGUCUAAAAGUUUGAAUAUGGUCCUAAAAUGGAAAAGUACAUGACAUUUUAAGUUAAAGUAAACAGUAAAAAAAAAAGUAAAAUAGUGGACUUUUUAUACUGAGGUCAGUUUAUGCCCUAAUUCCCUAGUGAUUUCCCAACAAGCUUUCUACGUAUUUUACUAACUCUGAGUAACAAUAUAGCUUACAUGUAAAAAUUGAUUCACAGAUCCAAAUCAUGAAUUUGUUUCGUACCAAGUGCUGAUUGCAAUCAUUCAUUUCAAACGGGUCAGAGUAUUAUUGAUAUUUAAUCAUCCAGAUUUGUGUGUAACGACGAAUACUCGAAAAAUAUUCAAAACAUAUAGUCGUAAUAUGUCAUUUUUACUAUGAUAGUUAUUAUCUUUAGAAAGGCCGUCCGGAGUAUGUAGGAGAGGGGCAGAGGAUGAUCAAAUGUUGGUUUGUUUUUCCCUGAGACAUGACUGUAUUGGAGUCCACAGCCAUGACUCAGGGUUUGCUAUGAACUCAUGUCAUUUUACACUACAAAAGCUGUUUGUCAUUCAUUCAUUCAUGAUGAUGAUGUUUACGACUAUACCAGGGAUGUGAGCGUCUUUUGUCCCAUGUCGACUUUCACACACACAGGUGCAGCGAUCAAAAAAAAAGGGCUUUUACUGUGCGUCUGUCAGUCUAUACGGUAUGUAUGGUUUCCUAGGCCUUCUUCCUCUGUGAGUGUGUGUCUGUUUGUGUCGAUCUGUUUGUCAGCUUGCCUGGUUACCCAUGAUCCUUUCCCCACCCUCUGUCCCUCUCUCAUAUGCCUUCUCCACAACUCAACGCCAGUUUUCUAAUGGUUCGAAAAUGUAGAGAUGUAUAUUUUGCACCAGUUGACAAUCCUAACUUUGCCCUAUUUCAUAAACACCUCUCCAAUAUCUCAAGAGAAACCUUUUUCAGAUCCACAUAUUUCAGAAAAACACAUUCAAACACACACAGAUACACACACAGGCUCUUUUAGGUUCCUUUUGGCUAUUGCCUUCAGUGAAAUGCACUGUAAGGUGAGGAAUACACUCAAAACCUGUACACAUCCUUUAUAGGCCUAUAUAAUAUAGUGAUAAUGACGAGUAUGAUAACGACGACAAUAAUAACAUCAAUUAUAGUAUAAUUUUAAAACAAUUAUUAUAUUAAUCAUUAGGUAUAUGUAAAAAAGAAAUAACACUACAGAAUCGCUGUCUUCCAAAUAGUGUGAGAAAUGAUUUGAAGCUACUUGUUUUGUUUUCUCUUUAUGUAUUAUUUCCGGUAAAUGCUUUCUAUACUGCUCGACUUGUUCUACCAUUACCUACUUCAUCCUCCCAGUGAAACUCCUACACAUCAACACACACCCUUUACUUCUUUAGGGUUGUUGCCUUUCAACAACCUUCUGACGGAAAUGAUUGAGCGGUAGUGUAGGAAGCAUUACGUUCUAUGAUUUAAAGAGUAUUUUAGGACUAGUAAUAUAUACAUAUGAUGACUAUUUACAGUAUGAGCAAAUGUAUGCAGCGAUAAGAGGUAUUUAUGAAGUUAUGUUCAAAAUGAAAUACAGAAAUAUACCGAUAUGAUAGAGUUAUAACUAAGGUGUUGAAAUAAACGCUGAAUAAACUAUUGAACUCUA